CACACAAUGGCCUUGCGCCACCUUAGCCUGCUAGAUAUUUAUGCUGAAUCCACAGUUAGCAGAGCACCUGCAACGCUUGAACGACGAAGACGAUGCAUACGCCGAGAGAGCGCGAGGAAGAAAAGGAGGCGGCGAAUCAGCUGAUGAUCAAAAGACAUCGAAGGCGAAGCCCGUUUUUGUCAAUGGAUUUGUACUUUUGAUCCGUUCGUUGACUUUAUGGACUAAAGCGUAUGAUGUGGUCUCAGAUCAAAAGAUCUUCUUUCUUCUAUUGCUAUUUCGUUUUCUUGUUGCACAGAGCACUGUUGGUUUUUUCAUUGACAGCUUAUUGGUGAUAUGCUGUCACCUUCGUUUCAGUCAACAAAAAAGCAUGCAGCGAACGGACUCAUCCUUUCAAAACGCAGCGCUGACAACCAGUCGCUUUCGAAUAUCAGACUCUUUAGGUUCUAUCGGCGCGCCACCGCUGCUCUCAUCUGCUAUACAAUCGUUCCGUGUAAACAAAUCAGCGGAAGAGCUUUCUUCCAUUGAGGAAUUUGUUCAGGCACAAAAAGACUUUUUGGUCGCCUUCGACAAAGGUUUGAGUGUGCUGCGAAAAUCAACGGCUUUUCAAUUGAGAAUAGGUCCAGCCGCAAGGGGAGUAGACAGAGUCGAAAGCGCAACUUUGCGAAGACAUACACAGGGAGGCGCUCUGAACAAAGGUCCAUUGUUGUCCUCUUCCACACUGAGACGGCUUCUAGCUGAGAGUAUUUGUCGUCAAGCGAGUGCGAUUUCAUUUCAGAAGAAAGCAGCAUCGACUUUCAAUGACAAGGAAUUUGUAUCUCUUAUAAGCCUUCAAGAAAAAAGAGCAAAGUUUCUUGAACUUGUAUCUGAAUCCUCCAGCUAUUUGCUUGCAUCCUCGCUACAUACCCGUGAUCUUCGGGCGGUGACGCUUGCGACACAAGAGACGACGUGCCAUCUUUCUUCCUGUUGCCAUGUUUACAGAAACGAUGCAGGAUGCACGUUCGAGACAAAAACAACACACGGUAGACUGCUACUAUCAAUGGCAAAGCAAGUUGAUGCCUUGCAGGUCGCUCUUUUCACCUACAUAGAUUGUAGGAGCGACUUUAGGGAUGAUAGAGCUCGAAUUAAUUGGGACGAAACGGCCCAGAUUGUCAACGACAUCAUCGGAGCGAUGGAUAAGGUUGAAAAAGAGAUAAGAGUGCUUACGCAUCGAGGAGAAGAGAGCGAUUCCGCAUGCCAUUCCACUUUAUUAAACAGACAAGUGAUUCCUUCUCAGCAGUGUCUCCGAACCGCAGAUUUUUUUGCUGCCGGGUUGGAAUCCGUCUCCACAUCUAGUCAUGAGCAUGGGGGAUAUCCUAUGAAGACGGUUGUCUUUGCAGGAAACGGUUCAAUACAUCCCCGUCUUUUGACGUCGAAGGCACCAACAAUUACCCCAAUACUCCAAACCAAAGUCGACAAUGGUUCGGAACUGUGUUUAAUUAAGGAGCUCGAGCGUUACCUCUCGACUUUUCCGAAGGAGGAGGAAAUUGAUAGCAAAAUCAAUCGAGAAGGCCUUGGAGAGACACAGUUGGCUCCAACUAACUCUUUUGAUAGCAAGCGGCCAAAUGCACCAGCGGUGAGCUUCGCUUACAAGUUGGAUAUAUCAGAACUCAAAAGAAACAUCGCAGCACUACAGCCUGACGGAAAUGAUUGUAAAGAAAAGGGUUUGACCUGA